AUGGAAGUGGCCAAGCUCUGCACAUCCUGCAGCCAGAUCGAAUUCUCGGCCCUCGCGACCCCAACGCUCGCUGAUAUUCACAGAGCCCAACGGGACAUCAGGAGGGGUAUCGGAUUUUGGCCCCGCGUCCUCCCAGACGGCACCUGGAAAGGACCAGGGGAGCCACCAGUGGUCAGAAAGGUGAACUUGGGCUCCUUCGAGCGGAUCGAGCGCGAUUCGGAGCAUUGCGAGCUCUGUGCCGUCAUCGUCGACGUGGUGCGCCAGCAGGGUGGCUACUAUGCCCCGAACAACGCUCUCCCCACAGGCGACGAGGUGCAUUUCUGGGCAGACCCUACGUCUCACUAUGGCCACAUUACAGAUUCCGCCGAGGACAUCGAGUCGAGCUGGAAUGAGGCCUACUUCAAGAUGCGGCGCCUGGCCAUCACGGCUUCCAGGUCGGACACGGAGGUGUCCCUCGCCUAUUUUGACCACGUGGUCCAGCCUUGCAGAGUAGGGGCCUCCAAGGUCCUCGAUAUCAAACAACAGCCCCCAGCAGAAGACGACAUGUUGUUUCUUGGAAGAAUGCGCCCGCCAACGCUCAAUAUGGAUCUUCCUCGGCGCUGGGUGGAGUUCACAUUUCGCAUCCGUUUCAUCGACGUGAAUAACAUGUGCAUCCGUCUCGUCGACGAAUUCGAUCCGUCUGAUCCAAGCAUGGCCUACACCGCACUAAGCUACGUCUGGGGACAGAAGCAGAAGCUCAUGCUCUCUGCAGAGAUCGAACCAAGACUGAAAGAAAAUGGUUCCAUUCGUGAUGAUGAUCUACCCAAGACCGUCUCAGACGCUAUAACGGUAACGAGAUUACUGGGUCUGAGUUUCCUCUGGGUCGAUGCCGUCUGCAUCAUGCAAGGCAAAACAAAAGUUGACCUCGAUGACAGGGCAGAACAAAUCGGCAACAUGGCAAACAUCUACAGAUCCGCGUUUCUUACCAUCGUCGACGCUUUCGGUGAAGACGCAGACGCCGGGCUCGCUGGACUUCGCCCAGGGACGAGGUCAUAUCAGCAACGAGAAGUCGUCGUCAUACCACCCAGUCCCGAGAAGGGCUCAGACGGGCUGUCUCUGCUCACCACCUGCAAGGCCUUCCCGAAAUAUUUCGGCGAGUUCUUCAACCGUCGAGACGAGGACGCCGACAUAAGCACAUGGAACACCCGCGGCUGGACGCUCCAGGAACGGGCGCUGUCACGUCGAAACCUCAUCUUCACCCGGGAACAGGUCCUCUGGGCCUGCGACGGCGCAUACUUUUGCGAGGAGUCCUCCUUCGAGCACCCCAUCCCGCCCGCCGGGUCCUCCGAGCUGCGCACGCCCAUCCGGUUCGAGCUGUUCAAGGGGCUCCAGCUGAACGCCACCAACCUGCGGAGCCUGGACGGCAAGAUGGCGCGGAUCGCGAGCUCGUCCAAGAAGUUCUGGGACAAGUACAGGCUGCUGGUCCAGCACUUCUCGAUGCGCAAGCUCAGCUUCCCCGGCGACGUCCACGAUGCUUUCCUCGGCAUCAUGAUGGCCAUGCAGCGGGUCCGCGACGAGUCCUUUCACUGGGGCCACCCGCGUUCGCGCUUCGAGCUGUCUCUCUCGUGGUCCUCUUUUCACACUCCGACGCGGCGGGCCGCCAAGAGUACCUUGCCGAUGACCUCGCUGAAGACCAACAUCGUGUUUCCGACGUGGUCUUGGAUGGGCUGGGAAGGAGAGGCAAACGUGUCAGUCAGUGAUGAGAGGUUGGAAACCGAGUACCCGGUUAUCUCCUGUUUCAUCCACAAGAGUGAUCCCCUGAGACUCGAAAUGAUCAACGGAACCCAAGUCAACGAGAGCGUCCUCAAGCCAUCGACGCCGUACCGUAACAUUCCCUGGCUGGAUGACAAUCAUAUCCGCAGAGAAGUCACCCUCGAGCAUGUGAGUCGGCACCUCCCGACCGUGGCAGACGUCUUGCAAGCCCGGACACUCCCCGACGAGCACCUCAUCUUCUUCUGGGCGAGCACGGCACACUUCGACGUGCCUCUCAACCCCGAGGAGAAACAUGAACGAGCAACGUUUGCCGAAUAUGCAGCUGCCAAGCGACCCAGCAUCAGGGACGCCAGCGGCCUCGAGGUCGGCCAUGGUACUUUUAUGAGCGCGGAUGUGUGGAAGGAGUUCAGCGACUCGGGAGGCCGGGCCGAGUUCGUUGCUGUGGCGAGGAGACAGAUCUUGGACCUGGACCUACCGGCUAUUGUCAUUGCUCUGCAAAUCAGGUGGGUGGACGGCAAGGCAAGAAGGGUCAACUAUGCAGAAAUUGAGGAGGCUGCGUGGAUGGAGGCAGGACCAGAGUGGAAGUUGAUUGCGCUGCAGUAA